AUGGACGAUAUACGCUACAACUUCCUGGAGACGCUGGACCACCUGCCCUGCGAGGUGAUCCGCACGCUGUGGACGGUGCAGGGCCUGGAGCUGCAGGGCGCGCGCGGCGAGGCCGCGGUCAACGAGGCGCGGCACCUGCAGGCGCUGGUGCGGCAGCACAUACGGCGGCUGGAGUGGCAGCGCGCGGAGCUGAAGGAGCUGGCCGGGGUGGCGGAGAGAUACAGCGCGCACGUGCGGGCGCAGCGCGCGGGGCGGGAGGCGCCGCAGCCGCAGCUGAAGAUCCGCAUCAGCCUGAAGCGGAGCCGGCUGGAGGCGAAGCAGGGCGCGGCGCGGGCCGGCGACGACGAGGCGAGAUACUGUUUCUGCGGCGACGUGUCGUACGGGCGCAUGGUGGCGUGCGACAACUCGCGGUGCCCGCACGAGUGGUUCCACUACGGGUGCGUGGGGCUGGCGGCGGCACCGGCGGCAAACGCGCGGUGGUUUUGCAGCGAGCGGUGCCGGCGGCAGGCGCGUAGGUAG